AUGGCCGCCGACGACGCCAGCGGCGCCCACCGCCCCAUCGAGCUCCAGACGCCCGACGACCUCGCGUACCUCGUGGCCAACGUGCGGCGCGCCGCGGCGGCGCGGCUCGACGAGGCGUUCCCGCCGCUCGCGGGCGGCGGCGCCGCCGAGGGCACGGCGGGCGAGGACGAGCUGCGCACGCGCAUCGAGGAGCUGGUUGACGAGUACAUCGCGCGCACCUUCUCGCUCGCGGGCCCGAACCUGUCGAUCAACGGGCUGCCAGUAGAGGACAUAUCACCGUUCCUAUCGGGCGACGGCGGCGGCGGCGGCGGCGCCUGGUCGACGGACCCGCUGCGGCCGGACGAGGUGUACGAGCCGUUCGACGCGCGCAAGCGCGCCCGCGUCGAGGAGCUCGCGCGCGAGGAGGAGGACCUGCUGCGCGACAUCGCGCACCUCAAGAAGAGCGUGCCGGCGGCGGCGGCGGCCGCGUGGGCCGACGCGGCGCGCCGCGGCGUCGCCGACGACGAGGCCGCCCUCGCCGCCGCCAACGCGCGCGCCGCCGGCGCGUACGCGGCACACCCCGCCCCCGCCGCGGAGGGAGAGCCGCGGCCGCAGGCGCCGGAGCCGGCCCCCGCGUCGCUCCUCGGCGUCGAGGCCCUCGCCCUCGACCCCGACCGCCGGGCCGACGCCGAGCGCGCCUACCGCGACGCGGUCCGCGGCCUCGGCCGCCUCAAGCGCGAGAUGCCGUCGGUGGUGGCGCGCAUGGAGCGCGCGCGCGGCGCCGGCGAGUACGUGAUCACGGAACGGUGAGCGCAAGGCCGGGAACCGGGUUUGUCGCGCUGCUUCUGCUGCUGCCCUCGUCCGCGUCCUGGGACGAGGCUGUGGGAAGCCCCCCCCCCCCACCCCCCGGGCAGCUACCCGCCGGGGAAGAAAGGGGGGCGCGGGAGAGAGGGAGGGGCAUCCCGGAGGUGGAGGGUACGCGUGUGUCGUAGGUGCGUGGUAGACGGAGAGGUCGAGGGGAGAGGAAGAAAAAUAUCAUCGCUACAGCCGCUGUGCUAGAGAAUCUCCCCUAGUAUAGUAUACUCUGGCUUGCUCGAACGGACGACGUAGCUGUAAUUGGAAGGGCAGCCGAAGAGCUGCGACGGAUCGAUACACCGACGUCCCUUUCUUCAGGAGCUCCUUUUUGCGAUAUGUGAUUUUUCCCCCCGUCGCCUCGUUGCGUUUUUUGUCACCACCACCCCCGCGGCAACUCCUGGGCCGUAUUGCAGCCGUAGACUCUCACCCCUAGCUCCCACCUUUAGCUGGGAGCCUGAAAAACGGGUUUCGCUUCUCCUACGGGAUCGAUUUAGCUACUACGUACGAGACUACUAGCAACGCGUGGUGUACUACGUAGUAUGUUGGUAGGAGGUAGUA